AUGAAAAAGAAAACAAGAAAAUACCUACAGAAAUUACAAUUCGAAUAUGCCUUUGAAAGUGAGUUUUAAACAUUUUGAUGUCAUUUCAACGGUCGUCAAGGGGACUUGGGGCGCGCGAGAAGCGCGUGGGGCGCUUAUCCCGCGCGUACACGCAUGUCCAAAUUCGCUUCCCUUUCCCCUUCAAACACCUUCCACGCAGUCUACCACCUUGUUAUGACAACCCAUCGAGUAAUUACCGGUUCUCUAAUAAAAGAAGUUUUACACAUGUUCUUCGGUAAUUUGUCAUUGAGCGCCGUCUGCAAGUUUAGGCUAUGUUCGCACUAUACCGCAUAUCAUUUCGUGCCGACCGGUAUAGGAGGGUCCCCAAUAGGUUUUCCGGGAUACGGGAUUUCCCUAGUUUGAAGCUCGGGAUUCGGGAUUUUAAAGCAAAAUCAGGGAGAGAUUCGGGAUUAAAAGUAUGCGCGGGAGGUGGGAUGCCAAAAAUAGCCCUCGGGAUAACGGGAUUGCUCGAAAUCUUAGGUCGGGAUUACGGGAUUGAAGAACCCUAUUGGGGACCCUCGUAUAGUAUGAACACUUAUCCGAUACGUGACUCUCCGCUUUUUGUUCGGAAUUUUGGCGGGUCUGUAUAGUAGGUGUGUGGUAGUGUAGUGGUAAGGAAGAGAGAGUAGGAUAUGAAAGGUCCGAGUUCGAGGUCCAGGGUCGACCCUGGGUUGCGAUUUUCUUUCUUUUUAAUAGAAAAACUUUCAAUAACAGGUCAGAAAAUGGUAGCGACCGUUUACGAAAGAGACAACUCCGUCGGCACAGGCGCAGUUUCGCUCCGUUACAGAAAUGGCGCCGAAAUCACCGUUUUCAUGUGUGAAGAGAAGCCCUAUCCAGUAUAGUUUUCGCCGGUACCUUUGCAAAAGCCGUAACCGGGAAAGUGUGAACAUAACCUAACAGCUGUAAUUAUUGUUCUUUUAGGGGAAGGAGUACAGGUGACUUUCCUUGUGUUCUCCGGUAGAGACGAUCCGCAGUGGUUUAUCCAAGACAACGAUGCAAGAUAUAAAAACAUUAAAGAACAUCUCGAUGCAGCAAGGGGCGCGUCUUUAACCUACCCACCAGACUGGAUGAACCCAAGACUUGGGUACAAAGGGUUCUUAGUUCAAGAACAAGCACAGGAGCAACCAGAACUAAUUAUAGGAGAUAAAACAAAGGAAUUACAAUCGAUAUUAUACGAUACUCUUCCUCCAGGUAUAGGGUAACUUAGAUUGGGUCUGCGCGGGCUUUUGAGGCAGAGGGAUGGAGCCAGGGGUCUGUUUUCGAAAAAUGGCGUUUAACGUUUCGUACACGACGUUAAUAAUUAAUCAUUAGUAUUUAUCAUUACAGUAUUUUCCACCAGGAUCUAUUCGAAAGUGUUAAAGAAUAAAAUAGAUCCAACAAUGUGUCUGGACUAAUAAUGGAGAAAGAAAUUCAUUCUGGUCAGAUUCUGGGAACAUUUCUACCGCAGAAAUUUUUGAGACCGUGAGUGAUGAAGUUGUGACAACGUUCAUGACGUGGAUCCGGCUUAGAACUGAAAGGACUGAACUUUCUUUCCUGAGAUGCUGUUCAUUAUAAUGUACAAAAACGUUAAGAAUCCUUACGUAUAUUACUAUUCAAAUGAAAAUCUUAAGAAGUAUAAUCUUAUUUAUUCAGCAUUUAACUGAAUCAAAUUUUGUAUUUUCUUUGAAGUUUUCCGCCGACACUACUCUUAUAGGUCAAAACAUCAUUGCCGAACUCUUACAGCUAUCUUGCCUUUAUAACAAAAGGUUUCUCCGUUUUCUUUGAGGCUGGUUGAAGGAACCUACGUUGAAAGAACACUUUGCGAAUGUUUUUGAACUGGAAAUAGUCCGCGGAAAAAUCAGCGCAGUAAACCCUGCUGUCAAACCACUACGACCACUACCAAUAGUAAAGUUACCAAAAGAAAACUUACCCGCAAAGAAACCACCACAACCACCACCAGAAGAAAUCGUACCCGCAAAGAAAACGAUUUCAGUUGGAGGUAGACGAAAACGUUACGCUUAUCCAUAUACUCCGUCCACUUGGAACACCAACAAACAGUUAGACAACAACUGCUACAACUAUGCAAAUAACAAAGUCACUGAUACAUUCGCCCAGCCGGGGAGGGGGAGUGGGGCCAAGUGCCGAGCCCAAGAUGCUGUCUGUAUGAGAAAUUCAGCGGUAAACGAUCAUUUGGAAUUUAUGGACGUAGCCGCAGGCGCACCUAUACCGCGGGUUCCGAAUGGCAAAAAACAUCUGGUGGCACUUUACGUUAGACCAGGUUAAAACAAUAUCAUUAUUUUCUCGUACAUAGGGUAUAAAAUGUGGGAGACGCUCAUAUAAACCCUUUGAACACGGCGGAAACGCACAACGAAGCCCUAGGAAGGUAUACAUGGAAGCCUAAUAUACUGUCUGGUACUGUUGUCAAGGUUCAACGCACUUUGGUAUGAAACAAUGGCAGAAACUUAAAGAUGCCAUGGCUGCUAUAAAUGCGUGCGCAUUGUAGAAUUAGAAAGCGAAAAGGAAAAAAAAGCGAUUUUAGCCUGUGUACAGCAUCACCCUCCCCUCAAACACAAUCGGGGCGAUAAUGUUUGAGAUGAGGGACGGCUGUAUAUGAACUACGCGAUUUUCGAAUCAGCUUUGUGCGAUAAAAACAUCUUUUCUCUUCCUGGAAAAAAAUCACUUGCUUUCGAAGAUAUAUUUCUGCGGUGGCCGUAUUGGUAUAAGUUACAAUAUCAAAAAUAUCACACUUUUCUUAGAACCUAAGUAAAUUGUUCUCUCUCUUUUUUAGGUAUCGAUUUUCACUUUUAUCAAAUGGACCAGGAAGGUAUGUGGACUCAUAAGCCCGGAAGGGCACCAGCUACCGACCUCGAUAAUGCGAAUCAGUUGAUUUCUGACCCAAGAAGGGCUACAACGGAUCGGAACGGUUACGACGCAUUUGGUGGUUUCUUGCUCAGUAACAGAGAUGAAGUAACAAUUGCUUAA